AAGUUGUAUUUUAUUUCCAGGCAAGACAUUUUGGAGGAAAUAAUAAGCGAAAAGGACUCCCAAAUUGCUGAAUUGGAAAUGAAGGGAGUGCUGGAUGAAAGUGAAACAAAAUUAUGUGACGCACUCAAGUGUGAGCGAGACAAAUUGCUUGUUAGGUUAAAGAAUGAGAAUAAACGGAUAGUGAGCCUGCAACGAGCUAGCUACCAGGACAACAGUGAUACGGAGAGCUCUUUGCCAGUCGACCUGACUCUGGCCGACGACAUCAUAGCAGUAUGCGACGACAAUGAGGAGGACAUCCCGGCAACAAUUCUCUGAUGACAAAAAGCUAAGUCUAAACCUAAGUCUGUGGUCUUAGCCUUCAUCAUCGCACUAGCCAUACAUCACCGCUACCUUACCACUUUUCAUCGCUUUUCUAUCACCAGCCAUCGAUCGACUGCCUAUCUUUAAAAAAACAUCUCUCUCUGCUUUCGUUUUUCGAACGCAAUUUUGAAUUUUGAGCGCGCCGGAUGCGUUCCGAUUUAAUAAAAGUGUUUUUCUUUUAAUGUAAAUAAAUUUUGUUUUGAUUUGUUUAAAUUGAUUUUUGUUUCAUUUUAUGUCCCAAGUAUAUAAAUUGGGUAGUGUUAGAGUUGGAACAGUUGUGCGUUGUUUGUAUGGUCUUACAGUUAGUUUUCCUUCGAACUCUUCAAUUAAAUAGAUACAAAGGAAACGGAACCAAUAAUUUAAAUUUAUUCUAUUGUAAACUUUAUAAUUAUUGCACUUGUUAAAAUGUAUACCUAGAAGCAAUAAUUUUAUCUAUCCAAUAUUUAAAUAUUCUAGUAAAUUCACAUUCAAUGUCUAUUUUUAUCGUAAUCCUAGUCAAAUCUACUCAUGUUUUACCGCAAAGAAAGUUUGGAAAGUGUUGCAGUGCAAGUUACUAAGUCGCCAUUACAUGUAAUUACUAACAUCAGCCUCAGUCUCAGUAGUAUCGUUAAUACGAUUUUUCAAAAUUAAACGCCUAAUAAUUUAUACGUUUACAUACCUCUACUACCAAGUACAUUUGCACUGCAACACCUCAUAAUAUGCCGCUAGCUAGUCAUGUGAAGACAAAACAUAGUUAUUUAGACCUAUUAGAGAUUAUUAAGUUAUUCUUCUACAAGUUUCAAUGUUGUAUUGCGUAAAGUUAGUACCUAAUUAAUGGUGGAAGCGUAAAUGCCAUUAACGAUAAAAUCCUUAACAAAUUUAGCAAAAAUAUUGACAUAUCAUGCCCGAGGUGAACAAUAAUGAACAUUCUACGAAAGAAAGCUGUAUGCCUGCAUAUCAUAACUAAUUUAUCAGCCGAGCUUUGAAGCUAAUGAUACAAUACCUGUGCGGUGGUUGUUGUAAAACUAUAUUUUUGUGAGUUAAAAUGCUUUAAAGUCAAUAAAUAAGUGGUAAAAAGCACUGCCUUACAACUAAAUAAUAACAAAUUAAUUUUAGUGGGAAUCGCUUUUUUUGCAACGUUGUCUGACUGUUUGAAAAUGGAUCGAUGCAAAUGUCAAGUCUAGAAAUGGCGGGAAAGUGAGCUCUAUGGCAGCUAAUCGUCUUAAUUCAUAGCCUCAUAAUAAUCUUUGAUCCAGCUUUUUAUAAUAUUUAUACACAACAGUAUUGUAUUUGUGAUAAAAAUAAAACGACUCCGUUGAUUACCUAUUGAUAUCCAAUUUUGGAAAUAUUUUCUUAACAUUCGCCCAUUUUUAUUGUGAAAUUAAUUUGAUUGAGACUAUCCAAUAGUUUGUACCUAAUACCUAAAUUAAAUAAAGUUAUUUUAAGCCGUAUAUACCAGGUCUGCUGGUAUGUUUAUUGCUGUUUUAAGCAAUCGUUGUUUUUAAAUUAAUACCAUAAUUCUUGACUGGAAACAUCGAAAAGUUCAACUUUAUCCAAAUAACAUGUUUUCGUCAUAAUUAUACAUAAUAUCUCUAUGUCCAUGAGUUGUCUAUUUGUACCUAGAAAUGAAGGAAAUCCUAAAUAUAAUUGUUUAUAAUCACAGUUUAUUAUGAUAGUGUUGGCAAAAUCUAUGGCUUUUUAUACACAAAUCGCUGAAUGUAGAAUGUAUACUGUAUGGUAGAUAGGUCGAGUGUAUAGCGAGGCUGCAAUUUAUUGUCAACAUACUUUAAACAUUAAUUUUAUUCUACUUUGAACUGCAAAAUGUAACAAUUUAGGUUAAUUUUUUCAUUAAAAAAAAUUGCCACUAUACACAGAUACUUACAGCUUAAUCGACACUUACCAUUAAAUGUGUGUUUAUUUAUCUAAGCAGCCAGUGUCAAUUAAUAGUGUGCAUUAAAAACUUAAAGAUUCGAUUGUGUUAAAUAGGACGUCGAUUUUUUAAGUUUCAAAACUUUUUUCUCUAACACUGGAACUUUAUUGUACUUACUACAAAAAAAUUGUUGAUUGAUUAAUUUAAGUACUUUUAAAUUAAUUUCUCAUAUUGACAUUAUGUUGCAGCCACGAGCGAAUUUUUGUAUUGACUCAAAGUGUGUAGUUGAAAAUUGUAUGAGAUCACAAUAAUUAUUAUCUAUGGUAUUGAAAGUAAAACAAUAUUAUUAGUUACUUGUUAAAUAUAAUGAUUAUUAUGGUAUAAUUAAACAGUGGAUAUUGUUUCACACGUUGUAUUGAUCGAAAUUAUGCUGAGAAUAUAAAAAUACAUGUUCUUUGAAAAUAUAAUAUCUUCAUAUACGGAACGGUA